AUGGAUAAUGAACAAAUCAUCGUUGAAAAGAUGAAUGAACCGCUUCUAGUAACCUUAACCGAUACCGAACAAGUCCCGGACCUCCGAGCAAUAUCAUCACCUAACGCCCAAGAAUCCGAACCAGCUAACAUCUCACAGUGGUCACUACUCUUCAAACUCUUUCUAGCCAUCACGAUCAUCGGUCCUUUCAUCAUAUGUGUCUCGUUUUUCAUAUGGAUUACUCCAACUCCACCCACCGUACAGGUACACUCCAUGCAUAUAUCAUUCGCCAAUCACAAUCUCCCGGUAUGGUCCGCAAUGUUCUCCAUCAAAAACCCUAACGAGAAACUCCACGUCACGUACGAGAAUCCCUCAGUGUGGCUGGUUCACCGGAGAAGGCUCGUGUCAACGGUAAGAGCCGAUUCGUUCGGGCAGAAAGGUGAAGAGGAGAACGAAGUGAUCGUGAAGGGAGACGAAACCAAAGUUAUUGACGAAGAGGCGGCUUGGGAAAUGGAAGAUGAAGUUGCGGUAACAGGAGAUGUGGUUGGUCUUGAUAUGGUGUUUUUUGUGAGAGUAGGGUUUUCUCCGGGGGCUUCUGCUCUAUGGGGAAAACAGUACAUGUCGGCAGUUUGUGAGAAUGUCAUGAGAGCUACGUUACCUAAUGUUGAUGACAAAAUCUAUGGGACAAAUAGAUCGAGUUUCUCUUUUGAUGGUCGACUAGAAUGUCGUGUACGUCUCCCUAAAUAUCCUUAG